AUGUUCCAGGGUGACGGCGGCGACGAGCCACUCGGGGCUGCAGAUGAAAAGGUUCCCGAGCUGGGUUUCUCAUGGGAAAUGAAGGUACUUGGUCAUCUCCCGAUGCCCAGCAGUGCCAUGAAAGUGGACGGCCGGUUUCGGGAAAUACACGCCGUUCACUUACUGGAAGCCCCGUCAAACGCUGAACGCGACAAGCUACUUGCACUCCUCGUAGGUAGCUCACGCGCCGAAUUCACAACCCGCGACGUCUCUGGAAAAUAUCGCAAGUGGCCUAAAUUGAACGGUGGAGAGUUUCGUGGUGCGAAAUGGACGAUGAGCAACAACGGACAACUCUUCAUUGCCUCCUUCCAUAUAAUUCCAAUGCACUGGAUGGUGUCUUGGUUCCAACGAGAUGUCUGGGAAGCACUAAAGGCCCGUUGGGCGCAGAAAAAGUUCUACGAACCUCCAGCUCUAGGCCAGACCUUCAUGGCCAUUUAUGAGAGGACUAUGUACGGAGUGCAGGUUCAUCGACCUCUUUACCCAGACAAUCGUGUAGAUGCCAUGAUACUCGAGGAACAUCGCAAAUCAGUUCAGAAAUAG